AUGAGCCAGAAGGCGGCCCUGCACGGCUCCGGGUGCGACAAGUGCUCCGUAGAGGACCCGGUGGCCAAAACAGCAUCGCGCAAGGCGGCGCGUCUUCCUGCCCCCGUGGUCUGCCGCGCUUGUGACCAGCCUAUGGCCCGCGCCCAUCCCCCUGACCCCAGAUACAGUCCGGACCAGCGUCUUGGGCCAGGGCGUGCAACUACCCUGGUCGCACAAUACUUGCUCAUCACACAGCCCCACACCCAGAGGCAGGCAGACCUUGAACCGCACACAGACCCUCCCAAGUCCAGACCCCAGACGGUGGAGGCGACGGUCCUGCCCUCCGCAUUUUCUCCCUCCCCCAGCUCAGAAGGGGGCAGUGUCCACGUGCGCCAGGGCGACCUUCCCGCCCGGCCCCGAAGUCCCCUGGCUGGGCUGGAGCGAGCUGCUGGGCCUCUGGAGAUGCUGCAGGAUAAGGGCCUGUCGGAGAGCGAGGAGGCCUUCCGGGCCCCGGGCUCGGCGCUCGGCGAGGCCAGCGCUUCCAACGCAGCCAACAACCCCGAGCCCGCGCUGGCCGCGCCGGGCCUCAGCGGAGCCGCGCUCGGCAGCCCCCCGGGCCCAGGCGCCGACGCCGCCGCCGCUGCCGCCGCCGAGCAGACCAUCGAGAACAUCAAGGUGGGCCUGCAUGAGAAGGAGCUCUGGAAGAAGUUCCACGAAGCGGGCACCGAAAUGAUCAUCACCAAGGCGGGCAGGAGGAUGUUUCCCAGCUACAAGGUAAAAGUCACAGGCAUGAACCCUAAGACCAAGUACAUCCUGCUGAUUGACAUCGUCCCUGCGGAUGACCACCGCUACAAGUUCUGUGACAACAAAUGGAUGGUGGCCGGGAAGGCUGAGCCCGCCAUGCCAGGAAGGCUCUAUGUCCACCCCGAUUCUCCUGCCACCGGGGCCCACUGGAUGCGGCAGCUAGUCUCUUUCCAGAAGCUGAAACUCACAAACAACCACCUGGACCCCUUCGGUCAUAUCAUCCUCAAUUCCAUGCACAAGUACCAGCCACGGCUACACAUCGUGAAGGCUGAUGAGAACAAUGCUUUUGGCUCCAAAAACACAGCCUUCUGCACCCAUGUGUUCCCAGAGACUUCCUUCAUCUCUGUGACCUCCUACCAGAAUCACAAGAUCACACAGCUGAAAAUUGAGAACAACCCUUUUGCCAAGGGAUUCCGGGGCAGUGACGACAGCGACCUGCGUGUGGCCCGACUACAGAGCAAAGAAUAUCCUGUGAUCUCAAAAAGCAUCAUGAGACAGAGGCUUGUCUCCACCCAGCUCUCAGCCAAGCCUGACGUCAGCCCCCUGCAUGGUGCCCACCAGGCGCUCCAGCACUACCAGUAUGAGAAUGGUGCUCACAUGCAGUUUGCUGCGGCCGAGCCACAGGACCUUCCCCUCAACACCUUCCCAGCCCAGAGGGACUCCAGUCUCUUCUAUCACUGCCUGAAAAGACGAGCAGACAGUGCCCGCCACCUGGACCUGCCCUGCAAGCGAUCCUAUCUGGAGGCUCCCCCUGCAGUGGGGGAGGAUCAUUACUUCCGCUCUCCCCCUCCCUAUGACCAACAGAUGCUGAGCCCCUCCUACUGCAGUGAGGUGACCCCAAGAGAAGCCUGUAUGUACUCAGGUUCAGGGCCCGAGAUUGCUGGGGUGUCUGGUGUGGACGACUUGCCCCCACCCCCACUGAGCUGUAACAUGUGGACAUCGGUCUCACCGUACACAAGCUACAGCGUUCAGACGAUGGAGACUGUGCCUUACCAAUCCUUCCCCACACACUUCACCGCCACCACUAUGAUGCCUCGGCUGCCUACUAUCUCUGCUCAGAGCUCCCAGCCACCGGGAAACACCCACUUCAGCGUCUACAAUCAGCUCUCACAGUCUCAGGUCCGGGAGCGGGGGCCUGCCGCCUCCUUCCCCAGGGAGCGAGGCCUCCCUGCAGUGUGCGAGAGGAAGCCACCCUCUCCACACUUGAAUGCUGCCAAUGAGUUUCUCUACUCUCAAAGCUUCUCCUUGUCCCGGGAGGCUUCCUUACAAUACCAUUCAGGAAUGGGAACUGUAGAGAACUGGACUGACGGAUGACUCCCAUGUUUCUCGACAGCCCCAGGACCAUGUUCAUCCAGUGUUAACCUCUGUAGGUGGCCUGCACUACCAAGAAACACAGGAAGGUAUUUCAGAGGGUGUGAUGUAUGCGUGUGUGUGUGUGUGUGUGUGUGUGUUUGUACAUGCGUACAUUUGGAGAGCAUCUAUCUUCUGAUAUACAAUUGAGGCCAUGACAAGAAAAAAAAACUACAAUUAUCUAAGAAGCGAUUUUGGCUGCGGGACCUGGGUCCACUGUUAUCUCACAUGUCUUGACAUGUGCAUGGAUGGGAUGGGAGUAGAGAGUUCAUGCGAGUUAUUUAGAGAUUUGGGUAAUAUAAUCUUUGAUUUACUCAGGGGCCAGGUGGUGCAGUCUCUCUCAUAGGGAAAGUUGGGGGAAGAUUCUCAUUGCUGGGGUGGGAGGGCUCUGUGCACAUCUUAGAGCUCCUGGCCUUCUGUUAGCAAAGAAGCUGAAAAUCUUGUUUGGGGGACAGGAGGCCCACUGUUUUGGCUUCUGGAGAUUCUGUGAGACUACCUGAGACGUGCACUCAGCUAAGCCACAAAAGCCUGCUCUGAGAGUAGAGCUGACUGCUCAGUUACUGGCCUGGAAAUUGAUCCCUGGAGUUCUGAGGUCUGAGGGAUGAUUUUCAGAGAAGGUCAUGUGCUAAGUGCUACCUGAUGAGUAUUAAAAAAGGUUUUUUUUCCUUCAAGAGGAGGGAAAAUGCAACCAAUAGCAUCUCUGUCAUCAUUCAGGUUUUCUUAUACAGUACAAAGCCCUUCCCCUCCGUCCCUGACAUAUAGUUUCUCACUCUCCGGUGCAUAAGACUCGGCCUCUCAGGCACCAUCUGCAUCCUGUGACUGGCAAUUAUGAAACACACUUCACCUGGCAACAUCCCCAGGAGGUUACAUCGGAGCUGCCGCCAGGCAGAGCCUGUUCUCCCAGAAAAUCCUCGCCUCUGGAGCAAGAAAGCCCAACAGAAAUAAAAACAAGAAUUGAGAAAACAUUCAUUUCUUCCAGUAAAUUCAGCCAGUGAGCUCAGAGAGCAAGGAUAAUUCUCCAGUGAGGUGAAUCAUGUAGUCCCCAGCCCAGCUCUUUAGCAUCGAACGUCACCAGACCAUCCAUGGGGCUGGUAUGAACUCUGUAAUCAAAUUUGGGAAAUCACUAAACUCUUUGCAUGCUGAAUAGCUAUUUAUAUAUUAUAUAUAUAUAAAUAAAUAAAUAUAUAUAUAUAUCUCACAAAUGCAGGCCACAUGUCAAAUUCAGCUUUGCUUUUUACAAAUGAAUAAACCUAAUAAAAUGAACGCUGGAGGGGGUAUUUGGAAAGACAUCUAUUUAAAAUUUUAUUACACAUUUGAUGUUAAAAACUAAGAAUGGUUUAGAUAAAACAUAUAAAUAAAUAAAUAAUAAAUAUAUAAAUAUAUAAAUAUAUAAAUAAAUAUAUAUAUAUAAACAUACACACCACAGAUUAAACUUUAUUAGAAAGACACGUUAGCCAACAGGGGGUAUGGAACUUCAAGUGUUUUGUUAUAUAGCAUGGACAUUUUAUUUUACAUAUCAGAACAUAAAGCCAUUUUACAACUGUGAAGUGUGUGGAUGCUCUUUACUACUGACUUGUCAUUUCUUGGCUCAGCAAUGGCCUCAUCCUCCCUUUUGCUGGUAUUUCUUCUGUGCCUCUGAGCAUUUACACUAUGGAGCCUCUGAGCCUAGAGUGAAGGAAUUUAGGACCAACGGAACAGCUGUAUCUUUGAUCUCGUGCUACUCUGCAGAUGAUGGGUCUGGAUUUCAGGG